UAUUUGGCGCGUAAACCUCAACACUUGUUCUGAUCAGCUGGAACAAUAACAACAAUAACACAAUCGGUUUGGCGCUCAGAUUAUAACUUUUAUGGAAGGACUUCAGUCAAGGUGAUCAACAAGAUGAUCCAUAUAAUUUGUUUACAGGAUAUGUAGAUUUUUUUUGUGGGGGAAUUAUUUGCCAUUAUUUCGGUUUUUGUCGGAUUGGUUCCUCGGUAUGCUGACCAAACGAGAUGGUGAAGAACUGAGUUGGUUGGUAACGUUACUGCAGCAAGCUAGCUAGCAUUCUAAGGUGCCCUAAUUGUCAUUUGAAAGGAUGCGUAAUAAAUCCAGUUAUUCGUCCAAGGUAGCUGAACUAAAAGUUCAGAGAUGACUUGUGUCAGAAGGUGCUGAAAGUAGCAUAUCAAGCCUUUGGACUUGAAUUCUGCCACAAAAGACAAUUUAGGGGACUAGAGCACCCCGGCUGUGUGUGCCAUGUCAGAGGCACUCGUAUCAGGUCAGACGUCGGAGGAUCUUUUGGCAGACUUUGAGUCUCUUUUGAAUGCUGGGAGUAUUGACCUAUCAGAGAACCACCAGAUAGUCAUCAUUUCUACCCCCAGCAAUGUGGGCUUAAACUCAGCUGUACCCAGCAACACUGGAGAGAUCCUCCUGUUCGCUACCCCCCAAGGCCCUGCGGAUGUGGUCCAGGACCAGCGACGGCCAACUCUGGGACGACCUCCGGUGAAGAGGAAGCUGGACUUGGACAGUGAUCACCAGUAUGUCAGCACCUCUCGCCCACCUUCUCUUGGGAGGGCCCCAACGUCCACACCAGCACCACCCAGAGUUACAAAGCCUUCGACAGAGAAGUCUCGCUAUGACACAUCUUUGAACCUGACCACCAAGCGCUUCUUAGACCUGCUAGCCCAGUCUCCUGACGGGGUGGUGGACCUCAACUGGGCCUCACAGGUCCUGGAAGUGCAGAAGAGACGCAUCUAUGACAUCACCAAUGUCUUGGAGGGUAUCCAGCUCAUCUCCAAGAAAUCAAAGAACAACAUACAAUGGCUGGGGAACCGCAUUGAUGGAGCAUCUGUUUCCCGUUACCAGGACCUACAGAAAGAGGUCUCUGAUUUGACACAGGCUGAGGAGAAACUGGAUGAGCUUAUUACCAAGUGUAACCUCCAGCUCAGACUCCUCACUGAGGAUACCCAGAACAAGAAGCUGGGUUAUUUGAUGUGUCAGGAUCUACGGAAGUCUUUUGACUCUCCUGACCAGCUGGUGAUGGUCAUCAGAGCCCCGCCAGAGACCCAGAUGCAAGUGUCAGAGCCCAGUGAGGGCUAUCAGGUCUCCUUGAAGAGCACCCAGGGUCCCAUUGAUGUCUUCCUGUGUCCAGAGGACAUUUCUGGUGUCUGCAGCCCAGUGACAGGCAUCAGCCCUUCUAAAGCCACAUACCAGAUAAUGCCCCAGCCUGCAGAACAACCACAGUGCAGUUCCACACAGGAAAUGACAUCGUCAACAGCUGCGUCCCAACAGAACUCCUCUCCACUGCCAUUGUUUCGUGAAGCGGGAGCAGUCCUGGAAUGUUACCCGUUCACUAACUUGGAAGUGCUGCCAGAAUUUGACCUUUCACCCUUGUCAUCCUCUGACUUCCUCAGUGGGGAGGGCCUUGGUAACCCACUGGAUGGGUUCAUCAACCUGUCCCCUCCACAAACCCACAGCUACCACUUUGGCCUAGAGGAGCAUGAGGGCAUCACUGAACUGUUUGACUCUGACUUUGGAGACUUCACCCCACUAGAGUUGGGGUGGAGAGAAACACCCACAGAACAAGAAUGAGGUUGUAUCUCUAUGGAAACACCCAAUACACACCCUUUUCCCCUCAGAAAAGUAUUCCCAUGUGGCUAAAAUACAGAAUUGUACAGCACAGACAGUAAUGGCACUUAAGUCGUCUAGCAAGAGGUUAGCUUUAGAUGGCUAUUUAAUUUAUUUCUAUACAGAUAAUGUUUUUGUACCAAGAAUGUUUUUUUUUCUUCUUCCCCUCAGUGGCUUGAGAAGGUGUACUUGUGGGAUAUGGACUUAUCAGCUUGGAAGCUAGUACUGAAUUUGUUAGGUAGGCAUUUUUGCCAUAGUCUCAGGUGUAAGGAAGAGUCAGACUUUUCCACUAAGAGUUGGGUUUCAGAUGCAUUUUAAGAAGUCUUACAGUAUAGUAUGUUGGCCAAUGGUAAUGGCAGGAUAUAGCCUAUGUAGGUUAAGAGACCUUUUAUAGAUGAAGUUUGGGAUGUCAUGCCUUAAAGCAGUGGUUCUCAUUCCUGGUCCUGGGAACCCAAAGGGGUGCACAUUUUUGUUUUUGCCCUAGCACUACACACCUGAUUCAAAUCAUCAAAUCCUGGUCCCCAGGACCAGGAUUGAGAACCAGUACCUUAAAGGAAAGAUUCACCCGUUUUGAAUGUUAUAUCGUUUUUGUGCAUCUCUGAGCGAUGUUCUAUCGAUUCCUGGGGUCCUUUCAUGUUUUCAUGUCUAUCUAAGCUAUUGUCUUUUCAAUCUUGAGAUGCACAAAAACACUUACAUUCAAAAUGGGCAAACAUUUCCUUUAACAUUGAUUAGAUCUGUUUGGUAACAUAAUUACCAAUAAGAAAAUAUGAUCUCUUUUUAAAACCUGUCCAUAUUGGUCUACAGUUUGAAUAUAUUGUUUUACCAGGCUUUACAUUUGGUUGAUUGUCAGUCAUACAUUAUAUCACAGUUUGUCAUUAUCAUGAACCUUAUCACAGCUCCUUUUCUGCAGGUCUUAUGCAGUGCCUUACAACAACAACAUAAAAGUGUUGGAUGGAUGCAAUUCAGGUGUUAUUCUGUGUCUAUAAUUGAGGUUUUUGAAUGAAAGUGUUAGAUUUGAAUUUCCUAACAGUAAAUUGUGGAUUACUACUAUUUGGGGCUGUCAGGCUACUUACUUUACUUGAGAAUUCAGCCACUGUGUUAAAAGUGCUUAAGGGAAUUUAACUCUGCAGUCAAUUUCACAUUGUUCAGCACUUUGUUUUGUAACAACAUUACAAAAUGAGCUUUUUUUCCCACAAAUUCAGUGGUGAAAAUAAUGACUUGUACCAAUCCGAGUGGUUUAUCAAGCAUGUCUUUUGUAUCAAAUUAGUUUUUUGAAGAAUAAAAACAUUGCUAUAUGGGGUAGUUGAUGAUGAUAAAAAUAAGGUGAAAACAAACUGCAAAGAGUUCCAUUAACGUAAAACAGACAUUUCUAGUUCCAUCCCGUUGUUUAAUAAGUGAAAGACAGA